CCAUUCCUCCAGGCAGUUAUAUCAACCUACGGACGGCUUGAUGAGAUCGAUCUUACACAAUUGCCUUGCAGUUCCCCGGAGAACAACGCAAUAAUAACUCAAGCUCGCAGUUUAGACGAAGGGGUAAUCAGCCAAGGCUGUGGGCCUGCUUUCUACAUAAAUACGACUGGUGGCAUGCAGGGGUAUCUGGGAGGAAUCGAAAGCCGGCCAGACUUUGGGGUUGUGAGUUCGAUCUACAGCGGUUUCCAAAACACGUCAGUAUACCGUAACGAUGGUGGAACCAAUACCUGCACAGCUGGUAACUGCACGUCGCCGGUAUUCCCGUCUGCUGCAGUCUGUAAUUCCUGCAACGAUGUAUCGGAACAUUUGGAGCUUGUGACUGGAAACGGCCCGAUUGGCUCAAAACCCCUCCAUGGUAUAUGACCAUUCCGUCUGGGGAUUGAACCGCAUAAACACUACCCUACGGAACAUAUCCAACUACAACCGAGAGCUGUACUCGAGCAACGCCGCCACGUUGAUAUCAGCGGAUAUCACCUUCGAUCCUAACAUGACCUUGAGCUUUCAGCAAGAGCGAACACUCUUAGUAGCUUUUGCAAUCUUGAAGGCUCCCGACAACUGGCUUUUCUCAAAUGAUACUUGGACGACUGUAGAUUGGCUAGUGGCAACAGAAUGCGGUCUUUACGUGUGUGCCAAAGCUUACAAGUCGGAAAGCUACAACAAUAUCCUCAAAGAAGAAACCGUGGGUUCUUGGGCAAUCAAAGAACUUAGUCCGUACAAAGUAGACUACGCAACCCGCUACGUAAGCGGAGGACACGUACUCGAUGCAUGGGUCGAAGCAGCUGGUUCAUCUUUGAAAGACUAUCUCGUUCUGCGUACAGACUUGCAACUCUUAAUCCCCGCCGAUGAAUCACAGAAUUUUCUUGUGUUCAUGCAACGGAGCUUCAACGUCACACACGCUUUCAUGCGAAACACUAUGCUGGAGGAGGAAAGAUAUGAUGGCAUACCUAAUGAAUAAUUCAGGCGUGAUGCUUCUGGUCGUCGAUGCUUUAUGGUACUCUCUAAACAUUAUCGCGACUUUCGAGAACGCCGCAACCAGCCUCACUAAUUAAUUCCGCAACACCUCCCCGCACCGUUCAGAAGGCUCUCUACAAAAGUGGGUCAUCCACAUACACGUGGAUUGGCCUUAAUUAGCGUUCCCUGUUGCUAUCAUCUC